CUCCCACUCUGUUUUAGAAACCAUGAAAAGCCGUGAGUAUCAGCAGAUCGACCCGAAGGCGCUGCCGACGCCCACCCAGAGCCCCCCUCCUCACCAACACCAGGCUGUCGGCGAUGACGGGAGGAAGGACCCGAGGACACCCAAGAGAAAGUGGGAAGUUUUCCCCGGGAAGAACCGCUUCUUCUGCGAUGGGCGGAUUAUGAUGGCCCGUCAGAGUGGGGUCUUUCCCCUCACUCUGGGCCUUAUCCUCGUCACGAGCGGUUUAUUUUUCAUUUUUGACUGCCCGUUCCUGGUCAAACACCUGACCAGAUGUAUACCUGCUAUCGGAGGCGCCCUGUUUGUGUUCGUUCUCAUCACGCUGCUCCAGACCAGUUUCACUGACCCCGGUAUCCUGCCUCGAGCCACUCCAGAGGAGGCCGCAGACAUAGAGAGACAGAUUGAUGACACGGGGAACACCAGCUAUCGGCCUCCGCCGCGCACCAAGGAGGUCCUCCUCAACCAGCAGGUGGUCAAGCUCAAGUACUGCUUCACCUGCAAGAUGUUCCGUCCUCCUCGCACGUCCCACUGCAGCCUGUGUGACAACUGUGUGGAGCGUUUCGACCAUCACUGUCCUUGGGUGGGGAACUGUGUCGGAAAGCGCAACUACCGGUUCUUCUACAGCUUCAUCGUGUCCCUGUCUCUCCUGACGGCAUUCAUCUUCGGAUGUGUGACCACACAUCUGGCUUUGAGGGCCAAAGGAGGAAAAGGCCUGAUGUUUGCCCUUCAGGAGAGUCCUGGCAGUGCAGUGGAGUUGGCUAUAUGCUUCUUCUCAGUCUGGUCUAUCUUGGGCCUUUCGGGCUUCCAUACCUACCUUGUUGCUUCCAAUCUGACCACCAAUGAAGACAUCAAAGGCUCCUGGUCGGGGAAGAGUGGAGAAGCUGUAACCAACCCAUACAGUCACAAAAACAUUUUUAUUAACUGUUGUUCAGUUCUCUGUGCGCCCAUGCCACCCAGCUUGAUCGACAGACGAGGCUUCCUGCCCGCGGAUGAGCCGGCCAGGACGAGCGGCGUGGACUUGGAGCUGCCCAAUCCAAACACUAAAAGUGAUAGAAACGUGUGCGUACAGGGACCUAAAGGUCUGCUGGAGUCAGCGGCUCUCACUCCUCUUCUGGCCACCUCGUGUCCUCAGGGGAAACCUCAGACAGCUCUUCCUUUCCCAGAAAGCAUCUCGGCUCUGAACUCCGACCCCUCCCUGGAGCUCUCCCAGAGAUGCGGCGGCACCCACCACAACUCCAAGACCUACGGGAGCACUUCUCCUCCGCUCCCCACCAAGGGUCGCUUGCACAAGCACAAACGAGCCUCUUCACAUUCUCCCAGACCCACCUUUGACGACCACGUUACCCCUUCCUCCCAUGACGGGAACCAUUGCUCCGCUGCCAGGGGCCACCGAGGAACCAAGUUUGCCACACUGCAGUGACUGACUCCGGUCAUAUAUGGGUUCAGAAAGCACAUUAUACACUUAAGCUUUAAAAUGCCACAAGAGCAGAAAUGGAGGCAUGUCUGGGGUCUUAAUGGCUCUUAGGUUAAGAUGACUUACAAGUCAGCUGCAUAUCUAGUAGAAGGGUGGUUCCAUGUGUGGCUAUGUUCAAGGCGUUGCUCAGAGGAGUGACUGAACCUGUUUUGACCUUUGCCCCUUCUAGGACCAACAAACGUGGAUUUAUUUUAAAUGAAUGCAACAAGAGUUAUCUACUGCCAGUAAGAAAUGAACUGCUUACAACCUUUUGAGUGAACCUCACUUCAAAAUGCCUCCACCGUCAUGGCAAUUUCCAGAUAUCUGAAAUUCUUUUUAUGACCAGACAUAUUUUUAAAUCAUGAUAUCGCUAAUUAUCUUCUGUUUUUUUUUUUUUUAGAUGAAAUACCUUUUUGAGACAUCUCCAAUUACAUUCUGACUAGUGUAUACGACAGUAGAUUUACCAUCAAUUUGUAAAGGAGCUUUAAUUCAAGAUAACUAAAAGUAGUCUUUUUAAUUGUUUGACAUCUGAAACAUAUGUUUCAGAUAUGAACAAUUAAAUUAUUACUAGUCCAAAAUUAAAUUUAAGCUGUUUCACUUUUUGUUCUGACCAGUCAUAUUUGUAAUUAAAGAUAUUUUGAAUGACAACAUAAUUCCAGAUAUCUUAAAUGUAGUUUUAGAUAUGUAGAUUUGACUAGUGCAAUUUAAAUUCCAGAUAUUUUGAAAGCAAUUAAUAAUGAGACAAAAAUAAAUAUUUUAAUUAUCUAUAACUAUCAUUUUGACUAGUUAAAAUUCCUUUUAAGAUAUUUCCAAAUGAAUCAGAGAUGUCUUUAUUUGGACAGCUUUUCUAAUUUAGAUAUCUUGAAUUAGCAUUUUUUCCAGUCAAAAUGAUUUUGAAGCAUUUUGACAUUUCAAUAUUACAAUAAAAAAAUGUUGACAGAGGCACGUUUUUCUGUUCAAAGCCAUUUUUAAGUGUAUCAUGUUACUUGGAGGAAAAUAUAGAAAAUUCUUUUCAGAUUUCUGAAACAGUCUUCAAGUUAUCAAUUGUUUUUUUGCGUUUUCCGCAUAUCCUGUAAAUAUUUUUGAACUGAA